UUUUGCACUAAACUCCCUUCGACGCGACUUUUCGUCUAUAAAAAACAACACUCGCGAGCUCACCUCGCCUUUCUUUCCUUCUCUUUCAUAUAUCCUCAUUUAGACAAAUAGCCAUCCUCCAGCUCCUCUCUUCUUAUCCACCCUUCACCACACUCCACACCACACCACACACAAUCACCCUUGCUCGCAAUGUCCACCACCGCCUCCAAGACCCACGAAGCCGAUCUCCAGAUCACCGCUGGCCUCGCCUCCAAGCUGAAUGAGAUGAAGGUCUCUGAGCAAGACGAGCCCCUCCUCAAGCCCAAUCCUCGCCGCUUCGUCCUCUUCCCUAUCAAGUUCCACGAGGUCUGGCAGAUGUACAAGAAGGCUGAGGCCUCCUUCUGGACCGCUGAGGAAGUCGAUCUCUCAAAGGACAUGCACGACUGGGAGAACCGUCUCUCUGAGGAUGAGCGAUUCUUCGUCUCCCACAUCCUGGCUUUCUUCGCCGCCAGCGACGGUAUCGUCAACGAGAACCUACUGGAGCGCUUCUCGAACGAGGUCCAGAUCCCUGAGGCAAGAUGCUUCUAUGGAUUCCAGAUCAUGAUUGAGAAUGUCCACUCAGAGAUGUACUCGCUCUUGAUUGACACAUACGUCAAGGAGCCCGCUCAGCGCGAACAUCUCUUCGACGCAAUUGAUACCAUCCCCUGCAUCCGUAGGAAGGCUGCCUGGGCCUUGAAGUGGAUCUCUGACGAGAAUUCGACCUUUGCGGAGCGCCUCGUUGCCUUUGCCGCCGUUGAGGGUAUCUUUUUCUCUGGUUCCUUUGCCUCGAUCUUCUGGCUCAAGAAGCGUGGUCUGAUGCCCGGUUUAACCUUCUCGAACGAGCUUAUCUCACGCGACGAGGGUCUUCACACCGACUUUGCUUGCCUGCUCUUCUCGCUCCUGCGCCAGCGCCCUGGCCAAAAGCGUGUCAAUGCCAUCAUCACUGAGGCUGUCGCUAUCGAGCAAGAAUUCUUGACCGAUGCCCUGCCCGUGAUGUUGAUCGGCAUGAACGCCAAGCUUAUGAAGCAGUACAUCGAGUUCGUCGCCGAUCGUCUCCUGGUUGCCCUCGGCAACCCCAAGCACUACAAUGUCGAGAACCCCUUCGACUUCAUGGACUUGAUCUCGCUUCAGGGCAAGACCAACUUCUUCGAGAAGCGUGUUUCGGACUACCAGAAGGCCGGUGUCAUGUCGGGCACCGCCGCUGACAAGAGCAGCAACACUUUCACCCUUGAUGCUGACUUUUAAAAGAUAACAUCCAUUCCGCCAUCAUUCCUUCAUUGUUCUCUUGUAUACUAUUAUUCUCUUUAUUUAUGUAGCACCAUCCGAGUCUUUCAACAAUACAGAAUUGUCGGCCUUUUUUUUUUUCUCAUGUGCCUGAAGUCGAAUGACAACGCGUUAGGUCAUAUUCCACUUGUUCGUUUUUUGAAUUGUGAUGACAGAUGCC